UCUGGGUUGAUUUGUAGAUGUCGCCCCUCGGCCAAGCUUCCGGUCCGACGAGAAUGGGUCGAAGUGUAGAGGCGUCUCGUAAAGCUUUGGGAUGUAGGCGCGGACCUGCGACGUGCCUGUGCUGGCCAGCAGCGAGGCGAUCAACGACAUGGAGAAUGGGAAGGAAGAAGCGAGCACAGUCCCCAAGUCGUACAGCCUUAAGUGCACUUGUUUAACUCCGCACUGUAGUAAUGAAGCACAACUGAGGCCGCUCACAGCCACCCACGAACGCAUUUAAAGAGGCGUUCGCCACACCUACGUGGCAGAGGCACGGAAGGCCAACCAAAGCGAAUCCAGCCCAGUGGCGUUUUCGCGCGUCAAGGAAAAGUCCUGCGGUGGCGACGAAGCUUUUCCACUUCUGACACAUACGCAGGCUUCGCCAAGGUCGAUGGCGGAGCUGCGAAGCUGUCGGGAGAUAAGGAGGGAGCAAAAGCGUCAAUACAUCUUCGAGUCGUGUCGUGCGCGUCUGAGCGUAUAGACGCGCGCAACUGUAGUCGGCACCGAUUUAGGAUAGUCGCAGCACCGACUCGAAAAGGGAUGAGUCAGAUGAUGUCGAGACAAGGCUGCGGAUUAGCGAUAGAGUAUGGGUGGUGGGAGCUCAUCGACGCCGUUUUGCAGUGUGCCUCAGCUCCAACUGCGAGGAAAACCACAAUCGCCACCGUGGCCAAGGAGCGCAGCAUCCCAUGGCAAACUUCAUCUCUCCCUUCUUUCCGAUUGGCACCUACCUGCACCGCUGAAGCUCUGCAAGCAGACGCCACCGGUCAUCGAUUGCUGGCCCGAGUGGCGAUCUAGAUCCCAAAGGCAAUACGACGCCUGCGGCACCGCCACGUAGCGUCUUUCCGUCCGUUGCAGUCUAGAUGUCUUUUAAAGAUGAUUUGCGCCCACACCUUAUCUUUACCGGCAAAGGGGCAAGCAGAGCAUCAAUCGGCGAGCCAUUGCUACAAGGUCUGAAAUAUUCACUCUUGCCUGGCGAAUACUGAGCUCCAUCUCCCAUGCCCUUUGGGGGUCAGUUCAAAACCGAUGCCAAUGAUCAUGUAUUCGCUGUCGCAUGGCCCUUUGUGCACGCUUACCCAACAUCAUUGACCUGAAUGGUUACUAGAGCCAGGUUUCGAGGAUCUGUAGGUCGACGAGCGGUGGUCUCGAGAGAAAUGGUGACGACGACGACGAUGAUGCUCUCGUUCCGGUCCCAAUCUACAAGAGGACGUCUGCGUUGUGAGCAACGUAUGCUUU